AUGGGCAAUAUCUGGCCAGGAAUCCUCGCCGUCUGGUUGGCGGCGUUUCUUGUUCGCUCCGAACGUUUAGAUCCACGCUCUCUCACCGUCAACCAAGCUCUGGACAAGAGAGCAUAUUGUUACUCGGACACAUUCGGCAAUCCCUACAGCUGUUUGACCGGCUACCAGUGCUGCGUUGGCGUAUCCGUUAGGAGCUGCAUCCCCGCAAACUACAUUUGUUGCGACAUGGGGACCUGGAUCGGGUUCUGUCCUGUGGGUACUACCUGCAGCAUCCUGAACGGAUAUCCCGCCUGCGCCAACCCGGGCGGCAAGACGGUGGCGGCUGGGACACCGUCGAUAGUGAUGACGACGCCCACAUCGAGGACGCCGAGUAAGACAUCGGCAGCCACGGAAACGCCGCAACCUACUCCGAGCUCCGGCGGAAGCGGUUUAUCCCAAGGCGCCACAAUCGCCAUUGUGGCCUCGGUAACCUGCUCCGUUCUCGGCCUUAUCAUGGGUGUCGGGAUUAAGUAUUACUUUAGCAAGAAGGCAGUUCGCAACGGACAUGUGCCAUAA